AGAACGCUGUUGCCACACGAAACCCCGCCUCUGUGACGUUUGAAUGAGAACGUCUUGAACUCGAGACACUUCAAUUCCAGAACCCAGCGAUGGCAGCGCUGAGGCAGGAACACCGCUAUGGACUCUCCUGUGGAAAGAUUGAUAAAAACAUUCCAAACAAGACACUUUAUCACGUCAAGCUCACAGACACAGCCAUCAGAGCCUUGGAAGCCUAUCAAAACCUGAAGGGAUGCUUGCCAAAUCAACCGUCUAUUUGCUUCAAAGGACAUCAGGGGUACGUCAAAAUCCCCACCGCCUCACCCGAAUCCCCAGCUGCUCUACGCCUCUUCUCCUUCUACCUGUCCAGUGACAGCAAGGACCAGCCCCAGGCCAGCUUUGAGUGUGUCCACCAAUAUGUCUCCAGUGCUGGUCGAGAGCAGCUGAAGAGCCAGGGCAGUAUUUUGGACAAGAUCACAGUGUGUGCCACCGACGACUCAUACCAGAUGACGCGGGAGAGGAUGUCCCAGGUGGAGAAGGACAUCUGGAGCCGGUCGGCCAUCGAGAUCAAGCCGGGGACCACACACCCUAGUAAAUGUGUCAAGUUACAGAAAAAGCCAACACCUCUGUCUGCAUCAGACAGCCUCCACAAGCACUCUCCCACCAACAGGAGGAAUAGCGCCCUGGGCCUGCUCACCCAAAGGCCUUUGCGAGAACGCAUUAUCCACCUUCUAGCCUUAAAGCCAUACAGGAAACCUGAGCUUCUUCUGUGGCUGGAGAGAGAGAGGGCCAGCCCUAAGGACAAGGCCGAGCUGGGCUCUUUACUGGAUGAGGUGGCCAAAGUGAAUCCUAAAGAUAACAGCUACCUCCUCAAGGACGAGUGCUACAGACUUGUUCAAAGGGACUGGCCUGGCUACGUGGAGGAGGAGAAGCAGCUAGUUAACAGGCUGCUGGCCAGGAAAUUGCAGCUGCAGAGUAGCAGCCAAUCAAGAACUUUCCAGGCAAACUCUACAAACUCAUUCCACAAGACUUCAUGGGAUUCUCCUUUGCAUCACACCUCAGUCAAGAAUCCUGCCGGGAAACGGCCUCUGCCUUCGGACUCAUUGGACAGCCCGGCUCUGAAAAAACAAAGACUCAUAGACCAGAGGUUGCAUCUGCAGCCAACUACUAACGGACUAUCAAAUUGCAAAGACCAAUCCCCCUCUCUCAAUCCUAUUUUCCACACAAACACUGAGUUUCAAAGGACAAGUAACCACAUUUCAAACAGCCAAAAUGGCUUCCUCCCCCCUAUGGACAAGUUGAGUAGCUGUACUGAUGAUCACAUGUCAGAGAGAGGAGAACACAGCCCCCAGGUGACCGGCCAGGAGACACUGCAGAAUGACUCAGACUGCGUUCACCAGCAGCUCGCCAACAGUCAGCAUAAAAAGAAAAAGUCUAAGAAGCAUAAAGAGAAGGAGAGGGAGCGAUUAAAAGACAGGCAGACUAGCGAGUGGCUGGAAAACAGCCCAAAUAUCAAACAAAUUCAAGAUAAACCUCAUGAACCUGCCAUCACAAAUGCUGUUCCUGCGGUGGAGGAGAAGCCCGAUUACGUACUAGCAUACAGUCCCAUUAGUAAUGUGGAGGAGCGGCAGAGAUACCAGGUAGACUUCUGUGCUGAGUAUGAUGAGUACAAAGACCUGCAUUCCAGGAUUGCCACAAUCACACAUAUGUUUGUCCAGCUUGGCUCAAAGAUCAAGAGUCUGUCUCCAGGAACACAGGAAUACAAGAUUAUGGAAGACCAAAUACUGGACAAGUACAAGAAGUAUCGAAAGAAGUUUCCGGGCUAUCGGGAAGAAAAAAAACGCUGUGAAUAUCUCCAUCAGAAACUUUCCCACAUAAAACAACUCAUUACAGACUUUGACCUCUCUCAUAACCCCUCAUAGUGCUGGCGUAUCCAUAGAGUUAUAUUAGGGCGUAUCCUGUGAUCUGUGCGCAAGAGAAAUGGAACCAUCAGCAUUAGCACAAACUUCAAAUGCAUUUUCACUUUAAAGGUCUAGAACUUUCCAAUUACCUUUUAGAGGUCCACUACUGUCACUCAGAACAUUAGGAUCACUAAAUACUGAUUCAAAGAAGAAAAAGGCUAUCUAUUUCUAGUUUUGUUUUAUUAUUGAUUUGCAUAUUCGUUUUGAAUGUUUGUUCAGACUAUAAAAUACCAGAGAAAAUCACUUCCUUGUUUUGUGUCCCAAAACAUAUUCAAUAAUGUUUUCGCUUUAAUAUUUUAAUUUUCUGUUCUGCAACCUCAUGCCUAGAGCGCUCUUCACUAAACAAGAUGAUAAAACAAUUAGACAGAAUUAAGUCUGUCUGAUUACAUAAGGCAGUAGUUGCCCUGUGCCUGUCCAAAGCAGUCACCACAGAGAAAGAACACUUGGUUGGCAACUUUUUCAGUCACUUUGUUAUUGCGGUAUUGUUUGGUAGGAGACUUUGGUCUUCCUUUCUCUCUAAAUUCUUUGAACUACUGAUGUAUUUAUUUAGAACCUUGGACUUCUGUCGUGUUCUGUUUAUUGUAUGUGAUCUGUUCUCUUGUUUUGCACUGCUCCCUGUCACCCUUGGGGGUGAGGAACAUGUCACAUGACAUCAGUGUGUUUGUACGGGGUGGUGUGAACAAGGAGAGGAGGUUUGUGAGGUACACUAAAUGUCUAUCAAAAGUAGUGAGUAUAUGUUGCAGGGUUCAGGUGAAACUCAAUUCCCUUAACAAGAUUAAAACUGAUUUUCAAGAAUUUGAAAAUAGUUUUAAUACAAUACCAUAUUGUCGAAACUAAUGAUGGAAACAUUUACAUUAGUCAUUGUAGAGGGAAUCAGUUACGGUCAUUGUUAGAUUUGCCAAUGCAUUGUAGUGUCAAACCAAUCUAAUUGAGAGUGUUUUGAUGAUUACUUAUUAUGAUUAUGUAUUUUGCACUGAAUGUUCACCACAAGGGUUUCGAGGCCUUAUAAAACAAACUGCCAACA